GGAAAACAAUAAUAAAGAUCAGCAGAACCCUAUUAGAUUGGUAAGCCCACUCAUGCUAUAAAGUCGGAUGAAUACAAACAUUAUUCUACUAUAACCUCAACUGAUCCAAUUCGAAGCCCUCAAACCUUUCCGUGAUCACCAAUUCCAGCAACCAUGUCGCACCGCAUCCUUCUCAUCGGCGGCCACGGAAAAGUGGCCCAGCUGCUCACUCCCUUACUCCUCCAACGGUCCUGGAGCGUGACCUCCAUGAUCCGAAGCCAAGAGCAAGAACCCACCAUCCUCAAGUUGGGAGAAAACCAACCGGGGAAGCUGGACGUCCUGAUUUCCAGCGUCGAGGAUGUCGGCUCCGAGGCAGACGCGUCGGCCAUCAUCAAGAAAGUGAAUCCUGACUGGAUCGUGUGGAGUGCUGGCGCCGGCGGUUCCGGCGGUCCAUCCCGCACCCACGCCAUCGACAACGUCGCCGCAUCAGCUUUCUCCACCGCCGCCGCCGCCACCCCCUCCGUCAAGAAGUUCCUAAACAUUUCCUACAUCGGAUCCCGCCGCAACCGCGCCCCCUGGUGGUCCGACUCGGAGUGGGCCGCCGCUCAAGCCGUCAACGAAGGCGCCCUAAAAGCCUACCACAUCGCCAAGCUGGCCGCUGACGAGGCGCUGAUCGCAGCACGCAAGACGCGAGGAGCGGAUUUUGCGGGGAUCGGUUUGAGGCCGGGGGCACUGACGGAUGGGGAUGCGACGAAUGGGGUGAGCUUGGGGAAGAUUAAGGCGCGGGGAGGGGUGAGUCGCCAGAAGGUGGCAGAGGUGGUGGCGGAGGUGUUGGAUAGUGAGUAUCCCGGAGGGUGGUUGGAUUUGUUGGCGGGGGAGGACUCGGUGGGGGAUGCGGUAGCGAGGUGUGUUAGGGAGAAGGUGGACUGCUAUGAGGGGGAGGCUUAAAAAAAGGGUACGGAUUUGGACGCCGUUCAAAAGUCAGAAAGGCAGUGCCAAACAGUCAGGACGGGAUAUGUACGGGAGAUGCACGUUUAGUCAUAUCACAUGGAUAGUCAUUGGACGUAGGAUAGGGGAAUAUCCUGGCAUCGGACCAGUUGAAUGGCAAAAUUGAUAUGGUACUGCAGCGCUGAUUAUGAAGGAAGAAUUUUUUUUGGAUUGAUCUGCGUAGUAAUUCAGGGAGCGUAUUAAACGCACCGAGCUUCAGUGACAUGUUUCUCAAUAUGUAGACGACUGUUAAU